UCUUUAUGGGUUCAACAGGCUUCACAUGAUGGCCAAAGCAGCAUAAGAAGAGAAGAUAUUUCUCCAGGAGGUUUACUCUCAGCCUCAAUUCUUUCCUGCACUUUCCUCUGAUCACUUUCUUCGUCCUGUGAAGAACCACAGCCACUGGUGCCAGGCUCACAUCAGCUUUAUAAAUAUUUGGUUUUUUUGUGUGUGCAAGGAUUAUCUGCCAUUCUCAACAACGAACAGGAUGCUCACUGUGUCUCUACUAGUUUGUGCCAUGAUGGCUCUGACUAGGGCUAAUGUUGAUGAAAACAUCUCUGUCAAGAUCAGGGGGCCUGUGGCCAAGGGUUCAAAAUCCACUGUCCUCGCUCAGGCCACAGGUGAACCACCACGCUCAGGGUGUCUGGCUACUUGGACUGAAUAUGGUGAUCGCUGUUUCUUUUUUGAACCAGCAAAGAGGAGUUGGGCUAAGUCUGAGCUGCACUGUCAGAGCCUGGGAGGGAACCUCGUCUCCAUCCACAACUACGCUGAGUAUAAUCACACCCAGCAGAUGACUUCUGGACCAGCGUGGGUUGGAGGCGCCGCUUGCCAAGAUGGAUUGACUUGGCUCUGGAGUGAUGGUCUACCUAUGUAUUAUGAUGAAUGGUGUCCAAAUCAACCUAAAGGUGGUACAGAAGAGUGCUGUUUGCAGAUCAAUUCUGAGGAAGACCAAUGCUGGGACGACAUAAGUUGUAACACUCUGCUUCCAUCAAUCUGUGUCAAGGCAACUCACAGACUCCUCAACUGAGCUUUUACAAGGAACAUGAGUAAUGAAAAUGUUGCAUUGUCAAAUUAAAAAAAAUAAGGUGU